AUGGAGCGUAGGUGGACCAUUGUAGCUGGCAAAUACUUAAAACCCACCCAGAAGUGGACCUCCCUAGUCUCUUAUUUGUAUAUAAAUCCGAUAGGACCUGAAGCCCGAGAUUUACCCCUCGGCGGCCUAUGUCCCAGUAGGGAUCGGUGGGAAGCACCGGGUGGUGGUCGGCCCGGACUCAAGGGCCAGAAUCUUCAAAAUCUCAACUCGGCAUUUACAAACGUCAAAACCGGAGCCAAAAUAACCCCUAAAUUAUAUAAAGAAGAGGAGGAAUUGAUUGCAAAGGCCCUCAGUGCGUGCCAACACAAAAAAAAAACGAAUUUUAGCAAAUUAUCGCGUGAAUAUGGGGUGUCUCGCGAAAAACUGUCUCGUCGGUGGCAUGGCUUACCCUCUCGCUCAACACGCCCACCUACGAGGCACCUAUUAUCUCUAGAUCAAGAAAAGGCACUUAUUCUAUUGAUUGAGUAUCUAGAUAAUAUAGGCGCGCCUCCUACGAAUCAGCAAAUUGAGGAAAGUGCGAAUUAUUUGCUCGGCAAAGAUUUCAGGGGUCCAGGAGAGCCCCCUCGCGCCGGAAAAAAUUGGGUACACGAUUUUAUCAAGCGCCUGCCAAAACAGUAUGUACGAAUCGUUCAAAAACCUCAAGAAAAGGAACGUACCGUCGCAGAGCAUUAUGGUGAGGUUGAGCGCUGGUUUAUUGACCUCGAGCUCGCUAUACAACAAUACAAAAUUCGCCCUCAAAAUCUGUGGAACUUCGAUGAGACCGGAUUCAUUGUUGGACAAGGAAAAGAUGAAGCGGUGGUAACAGCAUAUCCAAAAACAUCAAAAAGGGUAUCUAGCCUGUCCUCUCGAGAAUCAAUUACUGUCAUUGAGGGUAUAAACGCCGAAGGAAAGAUUAUACCACCUUUAUUGAUUCUAAAAGGCAAGGUCCAUUUGGAGGAAUGGCCCGGGGCCUUCCCGGAUUGGCGGUUACUUCUUAUGGAUAAUCAUACAACUCAUCUUACUAUACAGUUCGUGCAAUAUUGUGAAAUUUGGCACAUUCGCCCAUUCCGAUUUCCGCCUCCUUCUACGCAUUUUUUACAACUACUCGAUGGAGUGCCAUUUCAGAAAUAUAAACAUGUUCAUGGACGGGUUGUGAACAAGAUUGCACGCUUAGGUGGCUUCGAUUUGGAUAAAAACGACCUUUUUGAAGAAUUACGCGAUAUCCGGAUAAAGACUUUUACCACACGAACAAUUCGGCACGGCUGGAGAGAGCGAGGAAUUUGGCCUCUUAAUCCUCGGCUUAUACUUGAUAUGAUGCUUCAGCCAGAUAAAGCAUUUGAAGCACUUGUUGCUGAAGGGGAUGCACUAAAAAUAUAUGGCGAGGCGGAUGACACUAUUCCCAGCUCACCAACUACAAAAUCAAUAUCUCCACCCUCAACCGCCGUAAAACUACGUCGCUAUGUCAAUAAAAUUGAAAAAUCGAUUGACAGUAUAAAGGAUAUUCUUGAUGAAGUAAGCUCGGGCCUUUCACGCCGUAUAAAAGUGGUUAAUCAAGGCAGUCUCACCUUGGCCGAAUUAGGCGAUCUACACCGUGAGAGCUUUGCCAAGGUUCGUGAUACAUCAACGCGCAAGAAUCAAAAAACUACAAAGCGACAAGUCAAAUCGAGCGGUGCACUUUAUGUAAAAGAUGCGAAUCGCCUCAUAAAACGCCGUCAUGAUGGAGAUUUGUUGAAAAUCUAUAAGAGCCAUGCUGUUGGCGUGCCGCAGCCGACGGAAGAAGCGGCUUCAAUAGAGCCUCAAAACAGCGGUUUUUUCUUUGAUACUCAAGGAAAUAAGUGA